AAGAGGUGUGGUCCAUGAUCCGGAGCAAGAUGGCGGCCGAGGGAGAGCGGUUGACCUUGGUUGACGGAGAUGCGGAGCGGUUAGAUUUCUUACGGGACAGACACGUCCGAUUCUUCCAGCGCUGUCUGCAGGUGUUGCCUGAGCGCUAUUCUUCCCUCGAAACGAGCAGGUUGACAAUUGCAUUUUUUGCACUCUCUGGGCUGGAUAUGUUGGAUUCAUUAGAUGUGGUGAACAAAGAUGAUAUCAUAGAAUGGAUUUACUCCCUGCAGGUUCUUCCCACAGAAGACAGAUCAAAUUUAAACCGCUGUGGUUUCCGAGGUUCUUCAUACCUGGGUAUUCCAUUCAAUCCAUCUAAGGAUCUUGGCAUAGCUCAUCCUUAUGACAGUGGACAUAUAGCAAUGACUUAUACUGGCUUGUCAUGCUUGGUUAUUCUUGGAGAUGAUUUAAGCAGAGUAAAUAAAGAAGCCUGCUUAGCGGGGUUGAGAGCACUUCAACUGGAAGAUGGAAGUUUUUGUGCUAUACCCGAAGGCAGUGAGAAUGACAUGAGGUUUGUCUACUGUGCUUCCUGUAUUUGUUAUAUGCUCAACAAUUGGUCAGGCAUGGACACAAAGAAAGCCAUAGACUAUAUUAGAAGAAGUAUGUCUUAUGACAAUGGACUGGCACAGGGAGCUGGACUAGAAUCUCAUGGAGGAUCAACUUUUUGUGGCAUUGCAUCAUUAUGUCUGAUGGAUAAAUUAGAAGAGGUUUUUUCUGAAAAAGAAUUAAACAGGAUAAAGAGAUGGUGCAUAAUGAGGCAACAGACUGGUUAUCAUGGACGACCUAAUAAACCUGUAGACACCUGCUAUUCUUUUUGGGUGGGAGCAACUUUAAAGCUACUGAAAAUAUUUCAAUAUACCAAUUUUGAGAAAAACAGAAAUUAUAUCUUAUCAACUCAAGAUCGCCUUGUAGGUGGAUUUGCUAAGUGGCCAGAUAGCCAUCCAGAUGCUUUGCAUGCAUACUUUGGAAUCUGUGGUCUAUCACUGAUGGAUGAAAGUGGAAUUUGCAAAGUUCAUCCUGCCCUGAAUAUAAGCACACGGACUUCUGAACGGCUUCAGGAUCUCCACCAGAGCUGGAAAACCAAGGACUCUAAACAGUGUUCAGAAAAUAUGUAUAUUUCCACGUGACUGAUUUGGGUUUUAUGGGAGGGAAUAGGGUCAAUAAUUGAUAGCAUAAUAUUAGACUAAGGCUAAAAGCCAUGCAUAACUAAGUGUGCUAUUUUUUUUAAGGGAUAGAGUCAUAAUUCACAUCUUAUGCUGGUGUCACUUUGGAAGGUAGUCUUGAGCUUAGCCCUUUGCACUGUGAUUCAAAAGUGUUUCAUUUUUGUUGACAUUUGCCACUAUAGAACUUGAUGCUUCUUCAAGUGGCUUAUAUUUCGUAGAAACCCCUUGAAGCAAAUCAACUAUAUAUAUAUUAUUUGUUAAAUUUUUUUUAGAAGUUUUCAAUACAAACCAUGUCAAAGUGCAUUAAUCAGAAAGUAUCUUUAAAACCAGUUUACACAUCAUAUAACAUUGACAACCUUCCAGAGACAACUUAAAUGGCCUUUUGCAAAACUUGAUUUACCUAUUACAUAUAGAUAGGUUUGGGGAUAAAUUAUGUU